UAGUUCAACAUGUAUGUAAUAUAAAUGCACUCUUUUGUCACAGGAGUGACUUAACAAGUCUGGUUUUAUUUUGAUGCUCAUUACAAGAAGUAUGAAUAUGUUACGAACAAAGCUACAUUGUUUUUCGAGAGAGUUACAUAAAGGGUUACUUUGUUGUGGGUCUUUAACAUGUUUAGAUAUUUUUCAAUGGAGAUGUACUUUGGGUCUUACUUUAUGAAUUUCUAUUCUCUAAAUGCCCUUGUCCCAAAAGAGAUGCAAGUUCUGGUCAAGUUAAAAGCAGAAAAAGUAAACACUAGUUAGAUCAUUCUGUUGCAAUAAAUAGGUAGGUUUAUUGAACAGUGAGAUAUGUUAAGAACCGUUAAUUAAGAAAUUAGUAUGGCUUAUAUGAGUAACACCAAGUACAAUGCUACAAAAAAAUGAAUUGAAAACAAUACAUGUUCAGUUUAUUAGAAGUACUGUCAACAUUUAGUUAGUUAGUUAUACUAUGAUAUAUAUUUCUUUUUAUUAUUAAAGUUAUUAAGGUUGGUUAAAAAUAUGAUGGAGACAAGUACAGUUUUUUUUUUUUGGAGUCGAUAGACACUUUAUAUUAACUGAGAUACGUUUUGUAGUAUCUGGCGUCCUGGUGAUUUUAUGUUGAGAUUUGUGUUUCAUUUUUGAAACUCUUUUGAACCAAAGUUUCCUUUUCUCUUUGGUAAAGUACCGAAGAUAAUCAUAAUAGUUUUACUUUCUUUUUCUCAUUUCUUAUAAUUCCCUUAUGCGAGUUGACAUUGGUGAGUUAUUCUUUACAAAGUUACAACUACAUACAUGACACUUAUAUGAAUCAAUCUAAACUUGUUCUUUCCUUUUUUAUAUCAAUUAUAACAUCAUCUAGACAAAAUACACCAAAACACAUUGUCAUGGUUGUAGACAUUACAGUCCCCACUUCAAAAGGCCUAGGAAUAAAACUCGGUUGUAUUUUUCCAACAAUAAAAGUGUAGUUCACAUGAGAGAGGGGGAGGAAAAGAGAUCCAACGCUCACGAUUCUUUCAGGGGGGAGGGGAGGUUGAGGGUAUUACUACACAUUUAUUGCAACCAGCAAUUAUCUCGCUGUUAACGCGCAUCUCAUUGCGUUUUUUUAAUGAAUUUAUUUAUUUCCCCCAAAAAGUAGCAAAUUAACCAAGUCUUUUUGCAUGCUUCUUAAAUUUGAGUGUUGACUUUCCAUUCUGGAUAAUAUCAUCAUUCGUUGUUUGUUUUUUUUUUUGAACAUCAUUCGUUGUUUGUUGGGGUGAGAAACUCAAUAAGCUUACCUAAAUUUAAUGUUUUCCUACGUGAACCAUUUUUAAUUAUUCCGGGAUAAAUAAAAUAAAUAUAUGGCAUGAUAUUUACGUAGUGGAAUAUGCACAUAGAUCCGUGCUCUUUAUAAACAAACCAAAAAGUCUCCCUCUCGCUAACUAAAAGUCUCCACUGCUCAUUCCUCUCUCUCUAGAUCUAUAGAUAACAAAAGAGAUAUAUACAUCGAGUGAGAGAGUGUGAUGAAGAUAAGGUAUUGGCGGAAGUCAAGACGAGGAUACGAAAGGCUAGAUGGCUCGGCUAAGAAGUCGAACUCGGAUCCGACCCGGAAGAGACGGUUUUGGAGGAGGAUCAAGAUAGUGCGGAAGCUGAGGGUCUUGAGAAAGACGUCCCCUAAGAAGCUUUUAACGCGGCUUCGAGAUUCUUACGUCAAUAUGAUGCUGCGCCUCGCCAAUUCUCCGGCAAUAGCGUCGAGGUCGAGGGAGUAUGAGGAGAAGAAGCUGGUGGAGAUUUACAAAUCCAUGUUGAUGGCGCAGGGGACUCUGGUUCACCGCAAUGUACCUAAACCUUCCUCUGAUUCUAUUGCAUGUACUCUCACCGCUUAGCGAAUUACAUAUGUAUGUGGAUCAUCGAUUUUAAGAGUUGUGACUGUAAUCUGUGUUAAACUUACAUUUUCUGAAACUAUAAAAUAAUAAAUUAAUCAGAUAUAUAGUUUAUCCACUCAUACAUAAAAAUGGUUUGCAUUUACGGCCUAACAUCUAACUGCCCUUUUUUUAUCCUUGUUAAAUUCUUAGUUUACGGCAGUGGCGGAGCCAGACAAUGGUUUCACCGGGGACAAUACAAGAUUUGACCUAAAUUUAUAGGGGCAUUAAAUUUUAAAUAAUCAACGGAAAUUUUAAAUUUUAAAUAAUCAACGGAAAUUCAAAAAAUUAAACGUAAUAAAUUGAAAUAAUGUAUACUUAUUUGGUUGACUAUUUUUGUUUGCUUGACCAACUACGCUUUGUAAUCGUAUCUUUACUUGUGGUUAUGAUCUUGUGAAACCAGCAAUGUCACAUGUUACAAGUAGGUGACGCGUCAAAACCGUCAUAUAGAGCGAUUCGAUGAUUUAGUGAAUUGUGUUAAUAAAUAUUAUUAGAGAUUCCGUAGUAAUCUUAAUCAUUGACGUUAUAGUUUGGAUUCUACGUGGCCCAUGCUAACUAUAUUUAAUUUAAAAGGGGCCAGGUUUGUAUGUAACUUGCUCAGGUAAAAAAACAUUUUUUAAAGUAAAUAGAAUGAGAAAACAAAUAGUAAAAAAAAGGGAGGAGAAUAUUGAAUUGAGUAAUCGGACAGCCUCUCUCUCUCCCACGUGGUAAAGGAAAAACACAAACACGGCCUGUUCUGUUUUUCUUCAGAUUCAUUAAAACUCCGUUGACUUGCGUAAGAGAGAGGGAGAAAUAAGUCUCGGGAAUAUCUGAGCAGAGAUCGUUCUCUCUCGGCCAUGCGACGCUUGGAACCACCAUUUUUUGUCGAAACUAUUCUUCCAUAAGGUUCCUCUCUGUUCAGAUCCGAGAUAUGUCCUCCGCUAAUUCUCAUCCUCCUCCUAAUAAUUCCACAAUUGUCCUCUGUAAUGCUGCCCCCCCCCCAGCAGUUACAGGAGAUGAAUUCGUGUUCGUGUCAGGCGCAGUUGAUAGAACCCACCAAUGAGGUUACGUGAAUGUGGAGAGCUUCCAUUUCGGGCUGGGGAAAUUCUCCAAAUAGAAGCCAGAGAGGAAUGAAUACCUGCGCUUGUCUUGUUGGACCAAUGUGGUGAGAAGAGGACCCACCAAGGGGUUGUCCAGAAAUGUCAACAACAUUACCAGUUAUAAUUCUUAGCCAUUACAUUCCUUUAGAUCCCACAAGGAUGAAUCUUUAAUAACAGUUUCCCUAGAAAUAUAAGCUUAUUCUAUCAAGCAAAAGUUUUGAUC